GUCAUUCGGUGCCUGGCGAUUCAGUCGGUUUGUGUCCUGACUGUGAACGAGGAUUUUGAUCGGAUCGUUUCACCAUGUCCGCCUCCAGAGUUUCUCCUCCGACGAGCGUGAUAGACCGAGUGGCCUCUCUUCCUCUCGUCACGUCCACUUACCAGCUAGUUUCCACUGUGUACUCCUCCACCAAACACACUCAUCCCUACAUCCAGAGCGUGUGUGAGGCUGCUGAGCAGGGAGUCUGGAGCUUCACGAAUGUCGCCCGGACCACCGCCACCCCUUUCAUCCAUCGUUUUGAGCCGCAGAUUGCUGUGGCCAACCAGAUGGUCUGCCGUGGCCUGGACCAGGUGGAAAAGUCACUCCCAAUUCUGCAGCAGCCUCCGCAGCAGAUUGUCUCCAGUGCAAGGGGCCUGGUCAGCAACACCAAGCACGUGGUGACGGAUGCCACAGUCACUGUCUCAGACACACUGAGCAGCCUGAUGAAGCGGACCCGGGGUGCUGUGCAUAGUGGAAUGGAGAAGACCGUAGCAGCUGUGUCCGGCAGUGUUAGCUCAGUGCUGGAAAGUCGGGUGAUUCAACUGGUCAGUAGCAGCAUGGACUCUGCCCUGAUCACAUCUGAGAGCCUUGUGGAUCAACUCCUCCCCUUGACCGAGGAUGAACUGGCAGAACUAGAAGACAACUCCAUCAGCAACUUCGACAGGACGCAGCAGGGCUACUAUGUCCGUCUGGGAUGUCUUUCCACUAAACUGCGGCGCAGAGCUACUGCCACUGCUUUGGACAAGAUCCAAGCAGGAAAGCUGCGAAGCCUGGAGUUUCUGUCUGAACUCAACACAACUGUGGACAUGAUCCAUCCUGGCCGACCACACAAGCGUGUACCGUUGAGAUCUGCAGGUCAAGAAGCAGAGGUGAUCGAGUCUCGGACCUUGGCUCUGGCUCACUCCCUCACCCAGCAACUUCAAACCACAUGUCUGGUUGUGGUCUCAGGUCUACAGGGUGUCCCCAGACACCUCCAGAAGGAGGUGCUGUCAGUGGCUCAUUCAGCUUCAGAGGUCUACAAUAGCCUUAGUAAGGCUACAAUGUUCUCUGACCUGCCGGACAAUGUUGUCAACAGCACUAAGGUUCAGUUCGGUUAUAUGCGGAACUCAAUGGAUCAUGUCUUGGAAUAUCUUGUCAACAACACACCACUUAACUGGCUUGUCGGACCCUUCUACCCGCGUGUAGUCCGAGAGGAGAUACCAGAUCAAGCUGUGUCGCGUCCUCCCACCUUGACCACUCAACACCAGCAGAGUUCCCCUGAGAUAGAAAUGGAUUCACUCUAGCUUCUAUCUUUCAACAGUCAAGGCCAACACUCGGACAUUUGUUGUGUCCAACUGAGAUCCAACAUGUCCUCGAAUCAAGUACUGCAACAGUUCCUUCAGACUGGCUUUCCUUAAGUUCAUUACCAGACUAGUGCUUCAAUCAUUCUGUUACAACUUCAUGCCCUGUGAUCCUGUUUUCCACUCAUUAAAUCAUGCAGCUUUGUCAAUCACGAUGUAAAAUUGCAUUUU